AUGGAGCGGUGCGCGGCGGAAGAUGUCGUGACGCUUUAUCCAGCGCAAGCCGGAGCGGAACCAACCAAAGUUCGUGGCAAUGUCAUCGACUACACCGGACAGCUUCUUACACUGCAGACCCCCAGCGGCCAAACAACAAUUCCCGCCGAUAAAGUUGCCUCGGUUCAAACCGACUACGCUUCCGACGUCGUCCAAGCGAAUCAGCUACUAGCGGCAGGCAAGUCGAGUGAAGCGGCUCGUAUGCUUGAAUCGGCCGUCACGGGAGAACGUCGCCCCUGGGUUCGUCGAGAAAUCUUGGCCCGUCAGGCGAUCGCGCUGCAUAACGCUGGACGUAUCGCGGACGCGGGAAACACGUUCCUCAAGAUUACCGAAGACGAUCCCCAGACGAUUCAUAUCGCCGCGAUGCCGCUGGCCUGGUUCAGUUUGCCCCCCAGCUUCGAUCGGGAUCGGGCCGCUCGACAAUGGAUCGAGUCACCUUCGCCGUACGCGCAGCUGUUGGGUGCCAGUUGGUUGCUCGGCACGAGCGAUCGAACGUUGGCCAUGGGCGUGCUAGGCAACCUUCGCCGCAGCAACGUUCCGCCGAUUGCCUUGCUGGCCGAAGCACAGCUGUGGCAAACGAAAAUUGUCACCGCGAAAGAGGCCGACAUCCGCCAAUGGCAACAACAGCUCGACGCCGGCAUUCUGCGCGGGGCGGCACUGGCAGGGCCGACGCUUGUCAUCGGCAAAGCCUGGCGACAACUCGAUACCGACUCCACCGCAGCUCUCACGUUGAUGCGACCGCCAAUUCUCUAUCCCAACCAUCGCCCUGUCGCAGCCGAGUGCUUACUACAAGCAGGUCGUUCCCUGGAAAGAGCAGGGCAGACCGACGAAGCGGCUCGGGUCUUGCGAGAAGCGAUCGAGCAAUAUGGCGAUCAACCGGCGCGGCAGGAAGCAGAAAUCAUCAUCAAACGACUCGCCAGCUCAG